CAGCCUCAGCACCCGCGCCGUGGUGAUGGAUGUUUACAUCUCUUCAUUGAGAGCCAAUUAUCUCGCUUUUGUGUGAGGCCCAGGGAUCACUCGCGCUGCCUGCUCGCACAGAGCACUGUUGGAUCUAGCUGAAGGAAUUGUUUUCUCUGUGCCUGGGCUCCCUGCCAAAAUCGCUGACUGUUCCCUGGCGAGGCUGGAGCCCUGCCCGCGUGGGCAGACAGAGUGGGGUCCACCGAGAAAACCCAUUGCUGCCGCAGGGCCUCUGCAGAGGACCAUGAGAAGAAGAGGUGACACUACUGUAUGCCUUUCUUCACACAAGACACAACUUGAAAUAUUUCGAUAAAAUGAGAUGCUUGCGGAAACGAUCGGCAGUAUCAUUCUUAGGAGUCCUUGUCAUUUGCUUGCUGUUCAUGAACUUGUACAUUGAAGAUGGUUAUGUUUUGGAAGGGGACAAGCAAUUAAUCAGAGAAACAGCCACGCACCAGCUUAACCCAGAGCGCUAUGUUCACACUUUUAAAGAUUUGUCUAAUUUCUCAGGAUCUAUAAACAUUUCCUAUCGCUACCUAGCUGGCACGCCUUUGCCAAGGAAAAGGUAUCUUACAAUUGGACUAUCCUCUGUGAAACGGAAAAAGGGAAACUACUUGCUUGAGACUAUCAAGUCCAUAUUUGAGCAGUCAAGUUAUGAGGAACUUAAAGAAAUUGCAGUGGUAGUGCAGCUGGCAGAUUUUGAUUCAGCCUGGUGUGAAGGGAUGGUCCAGGAUAUUUCACAGAAAUUUGCUCAUCACAUAAUUGCAGGCAGAUUAAUAGUUAUUCACGUCCCUGAGGAAUACUAUCCAGUAUUGGAUGGCCUCAAGAGAAAUUACAAUGACCCAGAAGACCGGGUGAAGUUUCGAUCCAAACAAAAUGUAGAUUAUGCUUUCCUGCUUAACUUUUGUGCCAAUCUUUCUGACUAUUAUGUGAUGCUGGAAGACGAUGUUCGCUGCUCAAAGAACUUUUUGACUGCUGUUAAGAAAGUAAUUACCUCACGAGAAGGAUCCUACUGGGUGACUUUGGAAUUCUCCAAAUUGGGAUAUAUUGGAAAGCUUUACCAUUCCCAUGAUCUCCCACGCUUGGCCCAUUUUUUGUUGAUGUUUUACCAAGAAAUGCCUUGCGAUUGGCUCCUGAUCCACUUUCGUGGGCUGUUAGCUCAAAAGGAAGUGAUACGUUUUAAGCCAUCUCUGUUCCAGCACAUGGGAUACUACUCAUCUUACAAAGGAGCUGAAAACAAGCUAAAGGACGAUGAUUUUGAAGAGGAAUCAUUUGAUAUCCCUGACAACCCACCUGCAAACCUGCACACCAACAUGAAUGUAUUUGAAAACUACGAGGCAAGCAAGGCUUACAGCAGCAUUGAUGAGUACUUCUGGGGCAAAGCUCCUUCUACUGGAGACUUCUACGGGAUUGUAUUUGAAAAGCCCAUUAAAAUCAGUAAAAUUAAAGUUGUCACUGGAACGGAAGACCGGCAAAAUGACAUCUUGCAUCAUGGGGCCUUGGAAGUGGGGGAAAAGAUUGUAGGGAGUAAAAAAGGGAGACAAUGUACUACUUUCUUGAGACUAGGGGAAUUCAAAAAUGGAAACUUUGAAAUAACCAACGUAGAGCACAAAGUUCUGUUUGAUAUUAACUGCAUGAGAAUACUUGUUACCAAAAGUCAAAAAGAAUGGCUGAUCAUUAGGAGCAUUAGCAUUUGGACUUCUCAGACUCCAAAUCAGUAAAGCAAAGCAACCUGAGGAGGUACAGAGUGAAUAUGAUCACCUGGGUCCCAACUGGUGCCAUUCCCCAAAAAGACUGACUGACUUCCAGUUCUUUACUAAAGACAGAAAUUCUGGGGAAAUCAUAAAACAACAAAGCAAUUUAUUUUUUACUAGUCUGGCCAGGCAAUAUAUAAACACUCAUUUGUUGAAAAGUUUGAAUUUUAUAGGAAAUGCAAAGUUCUCAAACCUCUUUUGAGAUCUUCAACCCCUUUUUUAUUAUCAUUUCUCUUUUAGGGAGAUCUGCUGGACAAAACAAAACAAAACAAAACACCUUUAUUGUGCCAAAAGGUUUAAAGCUAUGACUGAUAUGUUGUGAAAAGAAAUUGGAUUCCAUCUUAUGCACAUAUAAAUUUAAAAUGUUAUGGUAGUAUGCGUUUGUACAAUAGUUGGUGAUGUGUUUCUUUUAAAGGCAGUUGUGACAAGGAAGUUUGUCCUGGUACUGGCAGUUUCAUUCCAAGCACUGUAAGAAAAUAGCUUGGCUAAUCAUUGCAACUUCUUUUCAAAAGGGAAUGUAUGUAAAAUUAUAAAUCUGACAUGACAACUAUGUAAAAAAUAGAUAAUUACAUCUAUUAUUCUGUCUCAGCAAAUAUGCUUUUUUUUUCCCCGAGUUUUUUCACUGAAAGGAGGCCCUACUUGGAUUCAGUAUUACUUAGGGCCCCAAUUUACUCUCCUUAUUCAGGCAAAAUGCCUCAUGGUAAGUAAGCAUUCUGCUUGAGUACGGAUGUCACUAUCAAAUCCAGGCAGCUCAAGGGCAACACUGUUCCCUUAGAUGAGCAUCUGAACAGAUCUCAGCUUCGACAUUUUCUGUUCCCUCAACAUAUGCAGAACACCCCAUGAGAAAUAUGCACACAGCUGAAUACUUCAGCAUUCUUUCUGAGAAUUGUUAUUCCUUCCAUAUUUUAUGUCCAAUCCAUGUAUGAUACGAAUGCAAUGGUUGUGUACCAGCUUAAGCGAUUGGAGCUGAAGGUAAUCACCAGUCUUUCCCGGCUGAUCCCUAGGCCACAGAGCUGUGAAAAAUCUUCCCCAUGCUAUGCAAAAUGAAAAAUCUUGAUUUAAUGAAAAAUUAAUGUUUCUAAAUUAGUUUUGAUUUUUUCCAUGGUUUUCCAGUCCUGAUCAUGUUAUUUUCAUAUCCGUUUUUCCACUGCCUCUGGUUAUUUCCUGUAAGUCUAUUUUGCCUGGCUUGAGCUAAUAAGCUGAAAAGUUCCCUUAGUCCUAAUGACUUCAGUGUCAGAUCUGAGCUUUUAGCGUAUCACAGAGGGAGGCUGUAUAGCUAUAUUAUUUAUAUUAUACACGUACAUUUGGGUUAGCACAAUCUAUAAAGUUUUUUCCUUUAAGAAAUUCUCCAGACUCUUUCAGCAGACACUAAGAAAUCCAUCUAAGUGUCGUGUGACACAGAUGAACACUGUAUUAUUAAUCCCAUGAAUAUUGUGGUUAUCACCUAAUUGCAUGUGUGGGUUUUAGUUAAACCUGGAAGGCAAGGUUUAAAUUUCAAGAAUGCCUGCACUGACCAAGAGUGAACUAAGUACUGUACUCUGUACACCCAGAUCUGACGUGGCUAUUUCACAAGCGUAAAUUAUUCAAAAGCCUACACAAAACAGCAAUCCAAUUGCUUUUCCUGAUUCAUAAAUCCUGCUAAAUUCAGAUCCAAGUUUGGCAAAUCCCCCUGUACAGAGGUAGCAUGAGUAUUAAAAUAAAUCAUCUGGUAAAUGCUUCCACAAAAUUCAAAAAAGUAUCCUUUUCUGAAAGAAGAGUCUUUGUUUCUUUGUUCCGUAAUACUCAUCUAAAUCUCAAAUAUUGGUAAAGAUAAGAUAUCUUAAAAGCAACAUGGAUUUUCAAUCUGAAAAGAGAAAUAUUUUUUUUAACUGAAAAAUACAGUCUAAUCUUAAAUGGCUAUAAAUGCAUAUGAAGGAUGUGCUCUUUUAAGAGCAACUAGCUAGGUGAUAGUUAUUCAUUAGUCAACACUACUUUUUUAAUGAACUGCCAUUCUUUUUUCUUUUUUUCCUCUCCUUGAUCAUUAACUAUUAGUGCGAAAGAAAACAUAACUAGGAAUAUAGAAAUGACCUUUCUUUCUAUUCAGAAAAGCAGCGUUUCCAGAUUUAUCUUCUGACUUAGCAUGGAAAAUACACACUAUCCCAAGUUCAUGUAAUCAAAACCAUACACAGCGUGAAUGGUUAGAACAAAUUAAAUGCUCUCAACAUAAGCUUGAAAUAAUUUAAAUGGUAUUUUUGAACUAUAAGUGAAAAGAAUCAGUUCAGCUGUGCAAAGACAUUUCUCACUAAUGAAAUACAUUUUUGCUGUGUUUAUAGUAAACAAGCUAAUUUGCAAUUAUGUUCUACAUAACAGUCCUUCAGAAGGGAAAUUUCAGAGCGGAAUUUAGAUGCUGGCAUUCACUGCCUGGACUUGCUGCUCGCAGCUGGGAGGAGCUCGAUGCAUCAGCUGAGCAGUGAGCUGCUUGGUGCGGCCCCUCGGAAAUGCCGAGUCCCGGGAAUUAGGAGCCUGAACUGCUCUGCUCUGCAGCCUAUAGUCCUCUCCUGAGUGCAGGAAGACCUCAAAUUGCCUAUAACUAUUCCUCUUGGAGCUGAACAUAACUGCUUUACUUUUUAAAACGACACUAGUGGGGAGUCCCAUCUACUGUCUCAUAGCUUAGUAGUGACCGUUCUUGUACGUUUUCAGGCUAUUUCCAGUCUGAGACGGUCAAACCCACAAAUGCCAAGAGUAUGCCCUCAAAGUUAGCUGUUCUUGGGUAUGGAUGCCAGCAUGUGCUGGGAAUGAGAGACACUCACUACUCUUGUUGAAUUUGAGCUCUUUUGCAAAAAAUAAUUAAAGAUACAUUCAUUCCAGGAAAGAAAAAGAAGCCAGAAUGUGGGUCUGUAGGCCAGUGCUUUGAGUGCUCACCUGACUGUUCAGAUUGCAGUUCUUGCUCCAUAGAAUAUAUAUUUCGUCCAAAUCAUCCAUAUGUAAAUUGUAGUCAAAUUUUACAAAAGAAAAAAAAAUGCCAUAAAGUUAAUAAUAGACAUUUUUUCAGACAAAUUUCAGAAAAAGAUCAAAGAAGAUAGCUUCUGACUAUGUGCUGGGAAAAGUGAUCAUUCUUCAGAAUAGGGAAUAUUUAAUCAGGAGUGUAUAUGUUCACUAAUACUUCUCAAUACUUUUGGAGUUUCUUUUUUUAUAAAACUACUGAUGAAGAAAAGAUUGGCAGCAUCACAAAGCUCUGUUCACUGGUGUACGUGGUUAUUUCUGUUUCAGUGUAUUUGUUGUGUUCAUUUACAGAGUGAACAUCAAUAUUUUCAUGCUGAAAUUCCAAUAUGGAAUCAUUUAAAAACUUUAUACUGUGGUCAGAACGCUAAUGGAUCUACUCUUUACUGAACAGGCGUAUAUUGUUCUUGUUGGCACUGUUUGGGAUUCCUUACUGUACAAUGUCCCUGGGCUUUUUUUUCCUUUUUUUUUCUUUUUUUUAAACUAAAAGCCAAUUUUUCUUCUGUCUUUCUUCAUAUGGUGCAAUCCCUUUGCCACUGAGAAUUCUUGGGAAGUAAAACACUACUCACUGUGAGUUAAAGGAAGAACUGAGCCCUUAAUUUAAUGCAGGAUACUUUACAAACCCAAAAGAUUGUAGCUGUUAGGCAACACAAUUUUAUCAGAUCUUCUUUGUACUAUACUUACUAUGAUGAAGAGAAUUCACUAAGGUGCUAUAUGAAUGUAUUGUUUUUACAUCAGUGUGUUCUAACACGAUGCUCUGUUUUACUAUCUGCUCAGUAUUUUCUUGUUGGGGUUAAUGUUUUUGCUUUUUUAAAGAAAAAUUGGGAUCCUGUUCUUUAUUGAAUAAUUAAAAGUGAAAUAAACAGCAAAUUGUAACAA